AAAAGAAAAAAGAAAGACGGUAUCUUCAUGUCCCCCUUUUUAAGUCGUUGUGUCACUCGGCAGGACAGCGGAGCGAUGCGCACGCAGAGAUAACGCCGACGCCCUCUGCGCCCGCCGAUGUUUGGGGUGACGGCAUGGAGAAACAACCCAAGCUAUUGUCAUCUCGGCUCCGGCUCAAACACGGCGUCUGCGAGGUGGCGCUCAACCGUGCGCUGCUGACAUGGAAGGAGCCGCCGGCCAAGAAGAAGCGCGUCUCCGGAGGCGUUUACCACCCAUUUAAGCUCGGUGUGUGCCACAGCGUACCCGUGUCAGAGAUCAUAACCGUGCAAGAGGUGGACGUGGACAAAACCAGUACGGCCAAAAAUGAUGGGAGGUGGCAGAAAAUGCCCCAGAAACCCAGCGAGGUCUGCAUGUAUUCAUUCACAGUGUCCUAUGUGGAGAGGACAAGUCGGCACCGCUGGCGGUGCAGCGACGUUACCUUCCACUGUCCAGAUGGGACUCUCUGUCAGCAGUGGGUCAGCGCCAUCAGAGAGCAGCUUGCGUCCCUGGCCAGCAGACCCAAGCAUUUGCUGGUAUACAUCAACCCUUACGGAGGCAAACAGCAAGGCAAGCGCAUCUAUGAGCAGAAGGUCGCCCCACUUUUCGCACACGCCAACAUCUCCACACACGUGAUUGUUACAGAGUAUGCCAAUCAUGCGAGGGACCAUCUGAAGACAGAAGCGGAGUUGAAGAAGUUUGACGGAGUGGUGUGCGUGGGUGGGGACGGCAUGUUCAGCGAGAUAGUUCAUGGGCUCAUCUGGCGAACUCAGAACGACAGUGGCGUGGAUCAGAACUGUGCGGAGGAGACCCUGGUUCCCUGCGCACUACGUAUAGGCAUCAUACCAGCAGGUUCCACAGACUGCAUCUGCUUUGCAACAGUAGGUGCCAAUGACCCUGUGACCUCAGCUUUGCACAUCAUAGUGGGAGACUCCCAGCCCAUGGAUGCGUGUUCGGUCCACCACAACAACACCUUCCUGCGCUACUCCAUCUCUUUGCUGGGUUAUGGUUUCUAUGGCGACGUGCUGACCGACAGCGAAAGAAAGCGGUGGAUGGGGCCGGCAAGAUACAACUUAUCAGGCCUGAAGACCUUCCUGACCCAUCACUACUAUGAAGGGGCUGUGUCUUACCUACCAGCAAACGAUGUCCUGGGGACCCCAAGGGACAAGACCAUGUGUAGAUCUGGCUGCUUGAUAUGCCAGCACAAUGGGCAGCAGUAUUUGGGAGAGAGGGCUGAGAAGUACAAGUCAGAUGAGGUGUCAAACAGCGAGUGCGAGUGUGACGGUGACUGGAGGACGAUCAGAGGCAAGUUCCUGGCCAUCAACGCAGCCAGCAUGAGCUGCGCGUGUCCCCGUAGCCCCAAGGGUCUGUCGCCAGCCGCCCACCUGGCGGACGGUACCACCGACCUUAUCCUGGUCCGCAAGUGCUCCCGCCUCAACUUUCUCAGACAUCUCCUCCGCCACACAAGCAAGGAUGACCAGUUUGACCUGACCUUUGUUGAGGUGCACCGUGUGCGCCGUUUUCGGUUCAUGCCGCGCCACUGCCAGAGUGACUCGGACCUGGAGCUGGACCUGCGGGAAAACAGCAAGCGCCUCUUCAGCCAGAUCUGCCGGGACCACCCGGCUUGCGGCUGCGUUCCCACGUACAGCAGCUGGAACUGCGACGGCGAGAUCUUGCCCCACACCGCCAUAGAAGUCAGAGUGCAUUGCCAGUUGAUCAAGCUUUUUGCACGAGGGAUCGAGGAGCCGGCGGUGUUUGAAGAUCUCACCAACCCAUGUGCAAUAUAGUCUCGCCCAGCUACACUUCCCAACCCUAACCCCAGCCUCAGUCCUCCUCGUCGGACACUGGAACUGUCUCACUGCGUUCACAAAAGGUCACAGCUGUUGAUGUACCCUGCUGCCGUCACAUAAUACCAUGCACAGCCCCAAG